GCUUGCCAGAGUGGAGAACGUCUAUAGUGCGUUCCUUCAGUUAUAGAUAGAGCAGACAGACCGAACGCUUGGGGAUCUUGAACAUGAGCAAAUAAAUCGUUUUAUUCCUCUGACUUCUACUACGAUUGUCCUACAGAAGUGUUUUCUUUACAUGUUACUGUAGACAGAACUCUUUAGAAAUUUUAGAGUUUAAAAUAUAAGCCUUUAAACGAAAUCGGAGAACUACUCUACUGUAUGCCUGAAGGGGAGACGAUGUAUGAACCGGCUUCCAUUCCAACAGAACUGUUAGAAGAAACGACGUUUGUAAGAUUAACGUUAUCUCAUUCUAUCUGCAUUUUUUAAAUAAUUCUAAAUAUAUAUGAAAGACAAUAUUUUCAACUAGAAAAGCUCUAUUACAGUUGACGAUUGAUUACCCUUGUUUCACCAGAGUUAGUUAAAUUAAAUAAAUCGCUUGCUCAUUCUGGUUUAACUUUAUAUGAUAGGACUAUAAAGGGUUUGUGUUUUGAUUAGACAUUCUAUGUUAGACAUAUGUCAUCAAAUACGUACUUCGGUCCCGGAAUAUAAGUAUGAGCUUUUCUACAGUGCAUCGUAUAAUUGUUGAACAACAACGGUAGGACUCAACUCUUUCCUAACAGAUAUCUUAGGAAAUUCGUUAACACUGAGCAACUACUUAUCCAAAACGGAUGUAUUAUUUAUUGAAAACUUUUUUACGAAUAUCCUCUUUCGAAGAUUUACACUUUGUCGCUUUUCUAUUACUCUGAUUCACAGUAAUUUAAAGUUUUCUGUGUAAAACUGUAAAGGAAAGGAUGUUCUUUUAAUGUCAAAUGAUUUGAAAAGUUUUAUGUGCUUGUUUUAUGUAUGCUGAAUACGAGACUUGAUUACACCACGUUAAUGGAAUGUUAUUGCUAUAUUGCUUUACAAAUGAAAACCUCAACAGAAGUAGUGUGAUCGAUUUUCAAGUAUAAAAACGUAGUGUUGUGUUAAAAACGUGCCAUAAGUGUCAGUAUUAUUCGUGGAACUCCAGUUCGAAACGUCUGAGAAGAAUUAAGAAUCAUUCUCUGCAUCAGGUCCGUAUUUCUAACCCUUCUCGAUACACACUAUUUAAAGCCUGGAUUGUGCUGAGCCCACUCUUGUAACUUAAAAUGUUCAAGUAGUAUUGUUACGUUUUGGAAGUAUUGUUAAGAGAUCAAGAACUCGACGAACAAUAGAAUCAGGAGUCCACAUCGAGACUAAUAAUAAAUCAAUCUUCUUGAAACGCCACUUGUAAUCACCGCGUACUGGAAGUAUUGUGAUAACAGCAAGAUUCGCGAAAGAUCAGUUUCGUAAGACACCUCUUGUGCAGUGUAACAAUAUUAUUAGAAGCAAGAGUGUAUUGGAAAACCAAUCGUUUUCACGUCAAAGAGAAACAAACUCGCGAAGAAACGUUUUGCAAAAAUCGAUGAGUUUAAUUCUUCUGAUUCUAUAAACUUCGAAGUUUAUAAUAAGAAAAGAAUCAAGAAAAAAGAAACAUGGACGGGUUUCUUAACGUUGAUAAAUUCAAGGUUUGUCCACUAUGCCCGUGGAAGACCUGGCUAUUCACGACAGGCCUGUGACCUACUCUCCGACUUCUCUUCCUGGCCAGUCAGCGGCUACUAUUCUUCAAUCUGUAAAAGAACAGGAAGCUCAGUUUAAACAGUUGACGAGGGAGUUAGAGGCUGAAAGACAGAGCGUUGCUACGCAACUUGAAACUUAUAAACGUCGGGAACGUGAGCAGUACGAAAGUGGGAGCCUGUUGAGUUACGGGUCGACUGAGGAUAGAGAAAAUACAUACAGUUGGCGAUCUCCCUCCAGUCAUAGUCUUGUCUUCCGAGAGAACUCCGAGCAAGGCCGGAGAAUGGCCGAUUCCCACCUGCAUUAUUACCCAGGUUACAACCCUGACAGCCGGCUUUAUGUUCAAGAGGUAGCACCACAAGGGAUUCCAUACUAUCAAACUCCACCAGCAAAUGGCCAUCAUGGAGAAGAAAGUACUUUAACUCCAUCACAGAUAAAAGCAACCCCUGGAAAUAAAGUUAUUGGUAAUCAUCCUGUUAGACACCUUGGUGCAGAAUCACAGUCCAUUGGCUAUUCACAGUAUAACAGUGGGCAUGAACCACACCCACGUUCAGAGUAUAUUACAUAUACCUAUAACACUCCAGGUGAUGGGCCUCAACAUUACCAGCCAUAUGAUGCCAGACAACUUACAAGUCCUGGUAGUCAGAUACCAACAGGAGGUUAUCACCCUGGUUUUGGGUCAUAUGAUAGUGCACCAUCUCCAGGACCUGCCAGGAGCCAGGAAGCUUACCUUCUACCUGGUGGUCAAGGAUAUCCAGAAUAUGGUUAUCAAGACUUACCUGUACAACCUCCCUCACCUCCUUCAGGAGCAUCAGAGUCUCCUCCUCCUCGCCGAGCCAUGCCCCAGAACCUUCACCCUGCUCAACUAGAAUACAGCCACAGACCUUCAGGCUAUAAUGAUCUUAGUAGCUCAACAUUAGCUCCACCUAGAGGAGGAGGAUAUCAGGACAGAUAUGGUAGAACUCCAUCACCAGCUCCACCUGCAGGAGAAAGAUUUGGUCCCUAUGGAUACUCAGGAGCUCACUUACCUCCUACUUCACCUGGUUACAGCUCAUAUGAGACUGCUCCUCCACCACAGGGGUAUUUGGACAGGAGACCUAGCUAUGAUGACCGACCUCCAUCACAAGGUACACCCACCCACCUGCCACGUUUGUACUCUCCAGUACCAAGGACUGUGUUCCAAGAGGAAGAAGAUAAAGGACUUCCACCUGAAGCACAAAAUCCACCUCCUCCUCCACGUCAGCCUCCUUUAGAGUAUGAAACUGAAGAUGUACGGUGGAGAGAUCCAGAUCUUCAUGAAGUUAUAGAAUUUUUGAGUCAUCCAAAUAAUGUGAUACGAGCAAAUGCUGCAGGUUACCUUCAACACUUAUGUUAUAAUGAUGAUCACAUGAAACAGAAAACUAGGGCCUUAGGUGGCAUGCCACCAUUGAUAGAAUUGCUCAACCAGGACAUCCCUGAAAUCCAAAGGAAUGCGAGUGGUGCACUUCGUAAUCUAUCCUAUGGUAGACAAAAUGAUGAAAAUAAGAGAGCUAUAAAAAAUGCUGGUGGUAUUCCAGCACUAGUAAGAUUACUCCGAAAGACACCAGAUAAUGAAAUCAAGGAAUUAGUAACAGGGAUCUUAUGGAAUUUGUCAUCUUCAGAGGAUAUCAAGCGUUCUAUCAUUGAUGAUGGCUUAACAGUAAUAGUUAAUCAUGUAAUAAUUCCACACUCUGGAUGGGACUGCCAUAGAGAUCCUGCUGAUCAACCAAGAGUCCAGGAAAUUUGUUGGUCCACUGUUUUUCGUAAUGCCAGUGGAAUUCUAAGAAACAUCAGUUCUGCUGGAGAAUACUCGAGAAGAAAAAUGCGAGAGUGCGAAGGUCUUGUGGAAGCACUACUUUUCCUGGUAAAGGCUGCCAUUGGAAAGAAUGAUAUGGAUAACAAGAGUGUGGAAAAUUGUGUUUGUGUCUUGAGAAACCUCUCAUUUCGCUGUCAAGAGGUUGAAGAUCCAGAAUAUGAUAAACGAAUUCUACAACCUUCUCACACUCGUAGUGGACCAAUGAAAGUGGGAGACAGCUUGGGCUGUUUUGGUACAACAAAAAAGAAGAAAGAUGGAGAAAAUACAGAGAAACAAAAGAAAGAAGCUCCUCUCUCCUCUGCCCAGACACAGCGAUCUGGUCCAAUUCAAGGUAUGGAGUUGCUGUGGCAGCCUGAAGUUGUGCAACCAUAUCUAGCUUUGCUUUCAGAGUGUUCAAACCCUGAAACACUGGAGGCAGCAGCAGGUGCCAUUCAAAAUUUGGCUGCUUGUUAUUGGCAGCCUAGUUUAGAUAUCCGUGCUGCAGUGAGGAAAGAAAAGGGUCUCCCAGUGUUGGUGGAACUGCUUAGAAUGGAUGUUGACAGAGUAGUGUGUGCAGUUGCUACUGCAUUAAGAAAUCUGUCCAUGGAUCAGAGGAACAAAGAACUCAUAGGGAAGUAUGCCAUGAGGGACUUAGUACAGAAGCUUCCCAGCAGUGGUCCUCAGCAAGAGGGAGGAGGUUCCUCAGAUGAGACUAUAGCAGCUGUGCUGGCUACUCUGAAUGAAGUCAUCAUUAAGAACAGUGACUUUGCCAGAUCUCUUCUUGAAGCUGGUGGAGUGGACAGGUUGACAUACAUAGCUAAACAGAAAGGCAGGUUUUCUCCACGAGUGGUGAAGUUCACAGCACAGUUGUUGUACAAUAUGUGGCAGCAUCAAGAUCUUCGUGAAGUGUGUAGAAAAGCUGGCUGGAAAGAAUCUCAUUUUAUUACACGCACAAUGGUGGCUCGAAAUGCUGCUUCUACUCCUACUAGUGCUAACAGUACACUUCAUCGACCAAUCAGUACACAGGGUGCAACAAAAUACGAAGACAGGACACUACCUCGUCGGGGCCCAGAUCCUAACUCUUCUGCUGGAGAUGGUGUGCCACGUAGUCGGUCAGAGGAACUUCCUUUAAAUGAUGUUCGAGAAGAUAUGGAGCCACCACCACCACCUCAUAGACCACCGCCCUUGGCAGAACAAUCUUAUGCUCAACUUCCAAGGGAAAACCUCCAACAAGUUGAGCUACCAGUUCAGGGGGAUCAACAAGAAGACUCCUGGGUAUAAAUGUUGUUGUUUCUUCUCUGAAUCACAGACUAUACAAAUGUUUUUUCCAACUGAAGGUCUGAUAGCCUUCUGUCUGUAUUGUUCUCCAACCUUCAGCAGCAGUCAGAUAACAUUGUUGGCUUAGAGAAAUAAGUGUUGCGUGUGGCAUCUAUGCCAACAAACACUUUCCUUUUUCUAUUAGUUGUUCUUUUUAACUUGUUAUACAUUUAGUUAAAGGCAAAUCAAUUGUUUGGAUGGUAUAAUUAAGACAUAUAAAUUUUAAUCUAUAUAUAAAAAAAACCAAUGAUCCUACUAAGAUACUUUAAACUGUGUGUAAAAGAAACUGGGAAAUAAUUAUGUGUUCUUGAUAUACACUCCCCAUUUUGAAAGAAAAAGUUCGGCUUGGAGUAAUGACAGGCUAGUCAGCGAACAUGAUGUUUAUAAAUCAUAAUAGAUUAUAAAUCAAGAUUAUUAGAUAUGAGAUGUUAUUUCUUUUUUUGCUUUUAAUAUUGAACAUUACUUUUAUUUUGUCUUUAUUCAUAAAAUGUUGUUUAAUUUUUAUUACUAUUUUCCAACAUUCCAUAUUUUGAAAACAAGUAUUAAGUGAUGGUUUUAUAUUAGUGAGCUGCUAAGUUUGGUGAAUGGGUUUUUUCCCAGGUAAUUGUUGUUGACAUUUUUUUAACAUUUGGCUUGCUACUUAAAUUUUUUCACAUUUUAUUAUAAUACUGAACUUGGUGUCUGUUUCUGUUAUAACAUGCCUGUGUACAGAGUUAAGCUUUAUUAAGUGUGUACAUGUAACUAGUGAUUAUCAAUAAAAUAUCCAAAGAUCUCAGGUUCUUAGUCAUCAGUA